ACCACCUGCAUAUAGUUUAUCUAUAUUGUAGGUAAGCAGGAAAGUGAACUUCUUCGGUGUCUGUCUGUCCCCGUUCAGUAUACCUGCCCUUAGAUUCAACUGCCCGUCAUGAAGUCCUCUUUCGCUCUUGUCGGCGCCUUGAUAUCGGCCACGGCUGUCGUGGCUGCGCCGGCGCCUAUGCCUACACCUCCCGGCAUCCCCUCAGCAUCAACAGCCCGCUCGGCCCUAGCUGCCCUCACCGUCGGCACCAACGCCGACGACGGCAAGUACGAGCGCGACCUGUUCCCGACGUGGAUCACCAUCGAGGGAACCUGCAACACGCGCGAGUACGUGCUCAAGCGCGACGGCACCAAUGUCGCUGUUGGCAGCGACUGCUACCCUACUAGCGGCACUUGGACGUCGCCUUAUGACGGGGGUGUCUGGAGUGCGCCUGCGGAUGUCGAUAUCGACCAUAUGGUUCCGUUGAAGGCUGCUUGGAUCGCCGGCGCAAAUAAAUGGACAACAGCCAAGCGCCAACAGUUCGCCAACGACGUCACACGUCCGCAGCUCUGGGCCGUCACGGACAACGUCAACCAGUCUAAAGGCGACAAGUCGCCUGAUAAAUGGAAGCCGCCCUUGUCAAGCUUUUAUUGUAUUUAUGCGCGCUCGUGGAUCCAGGUUAAGAGCUACUGGGAGCUUUCUAUCACGUCGGCAGAGAAGACGGCGCUGAGUGGUAUGUUGGAUACUUGCUGAUGGGUCGAAUCGUAGUUUUAGGGCUGGGAAGUUGAGCUGGGACUGGGUUGUUAUUGUAUUUUAUUUGAU